AGAGGCCUGAUUUCAUAUUCCGCCACGUCAUGUGUGCAUCCAUUUCUCAACUCUUGUGAUAAAGUCUUCACCUUGGUCGCUGAUUUUCCUCCUCUCUCUCACAACUAUCACCAACAAGAAUCAUGACGAGCUCUGUUAGAGAGAAGAAGAUCAAGACCAACGGGAUUUGGUUAAACGUUGCUGAGAAAGGAGACGAAGAAGGGCCUUUGGUUCUGUUACUCCAUGGUUUCCCUGAGACAUGGUACUCUUGGCGUCACCAGAUCGAUUUCUUGUCUAGCCAUGGUUACCACGUGGUCGCUCCAGAUCUCAGAGGCUACGGUGACUCCGAUUCUCUACCGAGCCACGAGUCUUACACUGUGAGUCACCUAGUCGCUGAUGUCAUCGGUUUACUCGAUCACUACGGCACUACUCAGGCUUUUGUGGCUGGGCAUGACUGGGGAGCAAUCAUAGGUUGGUGUCUAUGCUUGUUUAGACCAGACCGAGUCAAAGGUUUCAUAAGUCUCUCUGUUCCAUAUUUCCCAAGAGAUCCAAAACUCAAACCUUCAGAUUUUUUCAAAAUUUUUGGAGAUGGUUUAUACAUCACUCAGUUUCAGAAACCCGGAAGAGCUGAGGCUGCAUUUGCCAAGCAUGAUUGUUUAUCGGUAAUGAAGAAGUUCUUGCUAAUAACAAGAACAGACUACUUAGUGGCUCCUCCUGACACAGAGAUCAUAGAUCAUCUUGAGAUACCGUCGACGAUUCCAGAUUGGAUAACAGAAGAAGAGAUUCAAGUGUAUGCGGAAAAGUUUCAAAGAUCUGGAUUCACUGGCCCUUUGAAUUACUACAGAUCCAUGGAUAUGAAUUGGGAGAUAUUGGCGCCGUGGCAAGACUCCAAAAUCGUCGUUCCUACUAAGUUUAUAGCGGGAGACAAAGAUAUCGGAUAUGAAGGACCUAAUGGAACAAUGGAGUAUGUGAAAGGAGAGGUGUUCAAGAUUGUUGUGCCUAAUCUUGAGAUAGUUGUUAUUGAAGGUGGUCAUCAUUUUAUCCAGCAGGAGAAGUCUGAACAAGUCUCUCAAGAGAUUCUCUCUUUCUUAAACAAGUUAAGCAAAACAGAGUAAAAUCAUACCGUUCUCUGUGGCCUUAUAGAAGAACCAUGAUGCUCUAGUCUUAAUUAAACUACUAAUAAUGUGUAUUCAAGAACGAAACCCGAGUGUGAUCUCGGCAAUAAUAAUGGUUCUUAAAGUAAAGAAAGGUCUAAAGCUUUUUUAUGUGCUUCUUUGAACAAAAGCCAAGAGUGUAAAGUUUACUCCAGAACACAACUUGUAAAAGUGCGACAAAUUUGUUCAUGUGU